AUGCACCACAAGAAGAUCGCCUGCAGCUUCAUGGCUGCUCUGGCUGCCUAUGCCUCUGCUGCCGACUCAGAUGUUCACCAGCUGACCAAGGACACCUUCGAGGAGUUUGUCAAGUCCAACAAUCUCGUCCUCGCUGAGUUCUUUGCUCCCUGGUGCGGUCACUGCAAGGCCCUCGCCCCCGAGUACGAGGAGGCCGCCACAACUCUCAAGGAGAAGAACAUCAAGCUCGCCAAGAUUGACUGCACUGAGGAGUCCGACCUCUGCAAAGAUCAGGGCGUCGAAGGUUACCCCACACUCAAGGUCUUCCGUGGCCUUGACAAUGUCACUCCCUACUCUGGCCAGCGCAAGGCUGCUGGUAUCACUUCCUACAUGAUCAAGCAGUCCCUUCCCGCUGUCUCCAUUCUCACAAAGGACACCCUCGAGGAGUUCAAGACCGCCGACAAGGUUGUCGUCGUCGCCUACCUCAACGCCGACGAUAAGAGCUCCAACGAGACCUUCUCCAAGCUAGCCGAGGGUCUCCGUGAUACCUACCUCUUCGGUGGCGUCAACGACGCUGCUGUUGCCGAGGCUGAGGGUGUCAAGGCCCCCGCCCUGGUUGUCUACAAGUCUUUCGAUGAGGGCAAGAACACCUUCACCGAGAAGUUCGAGGAGGAUGCCAUUACCUCUUUCAUUACUACCUCUGCCACCCCUCUCAUUGGUGAGGUCGGCCCUGAGACCUACUCCAGCUACAUGUCCGCUGGCAUUCCUCUCGCAUACAUCUUCUCCGAGACUCCUGAGGAGCGCAAGGAGCUUGGUGAUGCCCUCAAGCCCAUCGCUGAGAAGUUCAAGGGCAAGAUCAACUUCGCCACAAUUGACGCCAAGGCCUUCGGCGCUCACGCUGGUAACCUGAACCUCAAGGCUGACAAGUUCCCCUCUUUCGCCAUCCAGGAGGUUGUCAAGAACCAGAAGUUCCCCUUCGACCAGGAGAAGCAGAUCACACAUGAUAACAUCGCCAAGUUCGUUGAGGACUUCGCCGCUGGCAAGAUUGAGCCCAGCAUCAAGUCUGAGCCCAUUCCUGAGACCCAGGAGGGCCCCGUUACUGUUGUCGUUGCCAAGAGCUACAACGACAUUGUCCUCGAUGACACCAAGGAUGUCCUGAUUGAGUUCUACGCUCCUUGGUGCGGUCACUGCAAGGCUCUCGCCCCCAAGUACGAUGACCUUGCUUCUCAGUUCGCCGCUUCCGAGUUCAAGGACAAGGUUGUCAUCGCCAAGGUUGAUGCUACCCUCAACGAUGUCCCCGACGAGAUCCAGGGUUUCCCCACCAUCAAGCUCUACGCCGCUGGUGCUAAGGACGCCCCCGUCACCUACCAGGGCUCUCGCACCGUCGAGGACCUCGCCAACUUCAUCAAGGAGAACGGCAAGUACAAGGCCGAGCUUCCCGUCAAGGAGGAGGGCACUGAGGAGGCUGCCCCCGCCGCUAGUGAGGAGAAGAAGGAUGCCGAGGAGGAGGAUGUCCAUGAUGAGCUGUAA